GCGACGUGGCAGCGGGGCGGCGCGGAGGCCAUCUUGGCGCGGGACACACGCUCCUCUGGUCUUCCUCCUCCACCGUAAGCCGGAUUCCCGCGCGGGACCCCCGACCCGGGCCCCGACCCCGAUCCGCGUGUGCAGCAUCUGCGCAGGCGCUCGCUCCGACCCAGUGCGCUGUAACCGAGGGAAAAUGAUGGAAGAAAGUGGAGUCGAGACAACUCCGCCCGGAACCCCUCCCCCGAAUGCUGCAGGCUUGCCUGCCCCGCCUUCCACUGGGGCUCACCUAGGUGCAACCAGUUCCUUCUCAUCUCCCAACGUGUCUGGGAUGGAGUCUUUGCCGCCACACGCGUAUUCCACGCUUCAGCCCUCCCUGCCCCCUGUGCAGCCAUCAGCGCCACCUCCCUUUGUGCCUUUGUCUCCAACUCCUUCAGUUCCCCUGAGUGGCACCUCUGUGCCACCCUCCGUGUCUCCAUCGCCCGCCACUGCCUUCAGCGGCCCUCCAUUGUCCCACUUCCCACCUGCGACCUCCGCCUCUGGUGCUCUUCUGUCUGCACCACCUUCGGGGCCUCCCAUAUCAGGGUUUUCUGUCGGUACAACUUAUGACAUCACGAGGGGACAUGCGGGGAGAGCUCCCCAGACACCCCUGAUGCCAUCAUUUUCUGCACCUCCAGUUACAGGUAUUUUGCCAGCCCCCAUUACUCAGCAAGCCAGUAUGACAUCUCUGGCACAGGGACCUGGAACUACGUCAGCCAUUACUUUCCCAGAGGAACAGGAAGAUCCUAGAAUUAGCAGAGGCCAGGAUGAUGCACCCGCUGCUGGGAUCUGGGGUUUUAUUAAGGGCGUGGCUGGAAAUCCUAUGGUGAAAUCUGUCCUGGAUAAGACCAAGCAUUCUGUAGAAAGCAUGAUCACGACGCUGGAUCCUGGCAUGGCUCCAUAUAUCAAAUCUGGAGGUGAACUGGAUAUUGUUGUAACCUCAAAUAAAGAAGUAAAAGUGUCUGCUGUCCGAGAUGCCUUCCAGGAGGUCUUUGGCUUGGCUGUGGUUGUUGGGGAAGCUGGACAGUCCAAUAUCGCCCCACAGCCAGUAGGGUAUGCAGCUGGAUUAAAGGGCGCCCAGGAACGCAUCGAUAGUCUGCGGAGGUCUGGAGUGAUCCACGAAAAGCAGACCGCGGUGUCGGUAGAAAACUUCAUUGCUGAGCUCCUGCCUGACAAAUGGUUUGACAUCGGCUGCUUGGUGGUUGAGGAUCCUGUGCAUGGCAUCCGCCUGGAAACAUUUACCCAAGCCACACCGGUGCCGUUGGAGUUUGUGCAGCAGGCACAAAGCCUGACUCCCCAGGACUACAACCUGAGGUGGUCAGGCCUUCUGGUAACAGUGGGCGAAGUCCUGGAAAAGAGCUUGCUAAACGUCAGCCGGACUGAUUGGCACCUGGCUUUCACCGGCAUGUCUCGCCGGCAGAUGAUCUACAGUGCAGCCAAGGCUGUGGCGGGCAUGUAUAAGCAGCGGCUGCCACCCAGGCCCAUGUAAGGAGACCAGCUGCUGGGACACAGAGACCUGCCAUCGUCACCGUGGGCUCCGCGUCAGAGGAAACUGAAUUGCUUCCAUGAAUCCAACAGUUUUUACGAUUUUCCUGUAGGCUACAGUCAUUCCAGUAAAACAAAAGAAAUAGAUCCUCUUUUUACUGUCAUAAUUUCAUACAUCCUAGUUCUCAAAAAACAUACACAAAUAUACUUAGAGCACAAUUCAGUAUAUCAGGUUUAUAAAGGGGAGAUCUGAGUUCACACAUUUGAUGAUUUGUUCUUGACUCUUCUGGUGUCUUAAUAUGUAAUGAGGCCUGUGUGUUCACUAUCUUGUGAGGGCUUGAUCCUGUCAUCUGUGUGUGCACAUGACCUCAGUCCUUGCUGGGGUGGGGGUGCACAGUUUGGUGUGUUUUACAGAAUAUGGGCCAAAUUAACAGAAUGGAUAUUUUUUGUCAUUAUGUACAUGUACAGUUUGGAAGUUAUACUUGUUUGGUUUUUUGUUUUAAAUUUUGGUAUUUUACAGAUUUAUGUUAUGAACAUCAGAGAAUAAUGUUUUUAUUUUUUUCAUUGCUAUCUAAAAACUAAAGGGCAGAUCAGGUAUAUCUUAGAUCAGAAGAGUGUUUGUGGUUUUUUUUUUUUUUUUUUUUUUUUUUUUUUUUUUUUUUUAGUUUUGUUGAUUUUGUAUAUUGGUGUUUGCCUCUGCGGCUGUGUACCAUGUGUGUACAGUGCCCAAGAAGGCCAGAAGAGGGCAGCAGAGCUCUGGAACUGGAGUCACAGACGUGAGCUGGCCUGUGGGUACUGGGAAGGGACCUGACUCCUCUAGAAGAGCUGUCAGUGUUCUGACCCACUGACACAUCUCUCCAGCACCCCUUCUCCCAGGUUACUUUUAUAUAAUGGUGUUAGCACUUCCACAAGUCAGCUCUUACAACAGCAGUUCUGCAUCCACUCACAUCCUGCAAACUGUAAGAGGGAUCCCCUUCUUUUGGGAUGGUACGCAUUUUCUUCAACUACAGCUACUUCUUUUUUGUUAUUUGAGAAUUGCAUCAAUGUGUUCUGAUAACAUUUAACUCCCCGCUCCCUUAACUCUUCCAUCCCCACUAUGUGCUCCACUUCCUCUUUUCUUUUUUUAUCCCCAGCCCACCAAGUGCCAUUUGUAUUGUCCAAAUAGGUUGUGAGGCUGUGUCCAGUUGACCAACAAGAGGUGACACCCUUAAAGAAACUUGACUGUCCCUGCCUCAGAAGCCACCAACUGCCAGGAACUCCUCAGCUGUGUGCGUUAGGGGCUUGGGGAUGUAAGCCCAUCCGUGCUGGGAUAUUGUCUGGCUGGGAUGUAUAGAGUUGAGGUUAUUUCUUAGUCUGCCUUAAGCACAGUCUGGCAUUCCUAACUGUGCCUCUCUGCCUUUAUUUCUUAAGGAUGUUUUCAAUGGGAUGAUUUUUAUAUCCGAUGAUGUUUAUGUUUUCUUCCCAGACAUAACUGUAUUUUACAGUUUGGGGAUUUCCAUUAAGUCAAAAUUAAGUAAAUUUUUUUCUUACUCAGUUGAACUCUUUGUAUGCAAUUCAGAUAGCUUCCUAAUGACGAUUUGAUACGUAAAUGUGACUUAACUUUCUUGUCCUUUUUGAUGCAGUUCUAGAGAUGUUAGCGUUAGAAGUCUCUUCACUCACUCUUUGCUGUCCUGAGAGGUGCAGUGUGUCUACCAAGGCAUACUGCUUUUCGGUAAUUACGUCAUUUCUGCUACUUUUACAGAAGAAGAAGUUUUACUUUUGAGGUGGGUAUGUGCCGAUCUCCAAACACUGCGUGUGUUGCUUGGUGCGGUAGCUCCAAGCUGUGGCUCGUGUGGUGCUCCUGGCCCAGGGAAACCUGGCCUCAGUACUUCUGGUGGCUUCUUCAUGCGUAAGAAGCAGGGCCUUUCUCUACCACUUGCUUGCCAUGUUCUGGCUUUAAAAAUUGUCCUUUGGGUCUGGGGGUGUAACUCCAUGACAGAACACCAGUAAUGUCAGGUCCUCUAGUACAUGCACAGGCAUGUGCACAUGAUGUGGGGAUUAAAAGCUGUCCUCGUGUAACAGUAUUUGAUGGGGCAUUGCCUGGAUGUUGGUGUUUACGGUACUCUGAAGGCACCCUGUUCUUGUUUAACUUGUUUAACUUCCUUGUUUAACUUAGUCUGUACUAGCUUAGUUACUGGUUUAGAGGUCACUGACAUCUCAUUGUGUUUUCCUCGAAUUGUCAAAUAACAGUGGCCAACUUAUGCGAUGGCUUGUUUGAAACCGAGUGGUUGUCGGUACCUAGUCUGCCUUAAGGAAGAGUGAAGGGCAGAUGGAAGAGAGCUAUUUGAUCCAGUCUGAUCUACCUGAGACAGUUUCCUUUGGCCCAGGAUUGGAAGUUGUCAGAGCAGGGCAGACCGCACAAACUUUUCUUCUCUAACCUCUGUCAUCCUUGGGUUCUGCUAAAUCAAAUGAACAUCAAAUGCUGAUUGCCUCUCCGGUAGCCCAUUCAGGAGUCUGUGUGGUGGCGUUUAGGCCUGGCCCCCCAACAUCCUGGUUCCCUCCCCAGCCCUUCUGUUCUGUGUACUUUUCUCUUCCUACGUGUCUUUGUGUAGUGUCCACACUGACAGUUUUAGAGACUUUGUGGGUGGCUGUUGCCUUUUUCAAGCCUUUCAGGAAAAAAUUAUGUAACAGUUUAUCACCAUUGCCAUGGUUGGUGGUAGUGUUUUGUUUUGUUCUGUGAAAUUUUUGGUUUUUGUUUUGAGCUCCAGAUUAUUGGAUUUUUAUUUUAAUUUAUUUUUGUCAGUUGGAAAAUAAAACAGUAAAAAUAAAUGUAACAUCCAUCUCAUAGGCUUGCUCAACUGUUUAGUUCCAAGGUCCUGUUCAGUUCUUGUUGCUUGUCUUGUUUCUGCUCUGGCCUGCUUUGUUCAUAAUAACGCCAGAUAAGGAGCUGAGAGCUUCCUUUGCUCUCAGCAAGCACUCUGUAUUGCCACAGACUCUUGAAGUCGGAAAACUUUUAGAGGCUGGGAGUUUUCUGAUUCUCUCAUUGUUAUUUUUUUCCUUUGGUCUUUAGAUAGAGGUAAGUGUGGGUUUGUAAGAAAAUAAAUGAAGGCACGUAAUGUACAUCUAUUCUGAAUUAUGCAAAUUAGCUCUUACUCAGGGUCAAUUACUUCACCUUGCCCUUUAGUUUACUCUUAUUUGGCAAAAAGAGAGAAAAAAAAAACAAAGAAGGAAACUAAAUAGGACUGUGGGAUUUGUGAAGCCAAAUUGAUAAUCUGAUGUAAAAGUUUAUGUUAAACAUAAAUUAUUAAGUGUAGAUUUUUUUCUAGGAUAUUGUAUUCAUUUUGUGAUAUUGCAUAGAAUGAUGUAUUGGAUAAAAUCAAUUUUGUAAGUAUGUAAAUAUGUCAUAAUAAAUUCUUUGACUUAUUU